GUUGCAGAAGAGAACGGUCCCAGUAUUGGAAAGCUUGGAGACUUUUUAAAGAAUCUGUUUAUGACUUUAGAAUAAGUUAUAUUUUAUAGCUUUGUCAAUAGAAGAAUAUGACACAUCUCGCAUGUAUUUUCAGUAGUACGUGUCAAUGUUGAGUAAGUGGAUUCUUAAGAAAAAUGAAAAAUAAUAACGUUAAGAGUCUGCAAAACCUCGUCGUGGGUCUGCUAUUCAUAACCCUAUGCACCGGGGUUCUGGAUUCGGAAGCAGCGGCUUGCCAUGGCUGUGGAACGGGAUCAAAGUGUGACUGCAGUGGAGUGAAAGGAUCGAAGGGGGAGAGAGGGUUUCCAGGACUACAGGGCCAACCAGGGGUACCGGGAUUUCCGGGGCCAGAGGGCCCUCUUGGGCCGAGGGGAGAGAAGGGCAACGACGGUCCUCCAGGACCAGCUGGGCCAAAAGGAAUCCGAGGUCCACCAGGACUUCCUGGCUUUCCCGGAACCCCAGGGAUUCCAGGUCUUCCAGGACAGGACGGGCCACCAGGUCCGAGGGGAACUCCAGGGUGUAAUGGGACAAAGGGUGAUCGUGGAUUUCCAGGAGGUCCUGGCCUUCCUGGAAUACAAGGGUUUACAGGUCCCCCCGGUCUACCAGGUCCUAAGGGCGACCCCGGUGAGGUCAUCUCAGCUGAUCGCUUUGGGCAGAAAGGAGAUCCUGGUUUACCAGGCCUCCCAGGGGUUCCUGGAAACCCAGGACAACAAGGCCUGUCUGGUCCAAUUGGGCCACCGGGUCCUCGCGGUUACGAGGGCCGUUCUGGGCCUCCUGGUCUCCCAGGACCCAAGGGUAACAUGGGUUUAAACUUCCAAGGACCUAAAGGAGAGAAGGGUGAACAGGGUCUUAAUGGACCCCCAGGGCCGCCAGGACUGAUUGGAGAACAGAAGAAGCCAACAGCCUCUGAGGUGCAGAGAGGAGAAAAGGGGGAUCAGGGACCUCCAGGACUGCCUGGUGAGCCGGGCACCCCCGGGCUUCCUGGUCCUUCUGGUGGUCCAAAAGGUUUAAAAGGAGAGCCCGGUGAACCAGGAAAAAGGGGGAAGCCAGGCAAAGAUGGAGACCCAGGUCCAGGAGGAUUCACGGGUCAGAAAGGAGAACCAGGUCAGCCAGGUCAUCCAGGUCGAGAUGGCGAGAGGGGUGACAAGGGAGAUCGUGGCUUCCCUGGACCUCCAGGGGCGGUGCUGAGUGGACCGAACUUCAACAGAGUGGGACCCAAAGGUGACAAGGGUUUCCCAGGGUACCCUGGGCACAAAGGAGACCGUGGCAUACCAGGUUUUACUGGACCUCCCGGACCACCAGGGAUACCAGGGGAGGGGUCUGUGGGUGUUCCUGGCCGGCCUGGUAUUCCUGGAGAAAGGGGACAGAAAGGAGAUGAGGGGUCACCAGGCGUCUCAUUACCCGGACCCCCAGGUAGGCCUGGACAACAAGGACUGUCUGGACCUCCUGGGCCCCCAGGACCCCCAGGACAUAGAAAUGAUGGUGAUAACUGCCUCCCAGGAGACCCAGGCUUGCCUGGGCUUCAAGGCGAACGUGGCUUCUCUGGAGAAUCAGGGCAGAAAGGUGAAAAGGGGGAGACCUGCAUAAACUGUUUCAAUGGGCCUCAUAUCCCUGGAGCUCCUGGCCCCCCUGGUCCCCCAGGUCCCCCAGGAACCCCUGGAUUCCAUGGGACCAAAGGUGAAAGAGGAUUCCCAGGAGGUGUUGGUCUGGUCGGGCCACCAGGUUUUCCCGGGCCUCAGGGUGCAUCCGGAAUCCCAGGUCAGAAAGGAGAACCAGGAGAUGCUAUCUCCAUUGGUGGCCUUAAGGGGGACAAGGGUGACACUGGGUUCCCUGGCGGGCCUGGCUUACCAGGACUGGAUGGAAAACCUGGAAGGGAUGGACCACAAGGCCCCCCUGGACCCAAAGGUUUUUCUGGUUCUCAGUUGGUUAAAGGUGAACGUGGAGCCCCAGGACAGCCAGGAAAUCCAGGUCUACCUGGCGACCAAGGUCCAGCCGGCCCACCAGGAUUUGGUCCUCAGGGUCCUCCAGGAGAAAAAGGUCUUCAGGGCGUGUCAGGCCGACCAGGGGGUCCAGGUGCACCAGGCCAGAAAGGUGAAUCAGGUCAAACUUUGUCAGAGAAGGGGGCUCCUGGUCCAAGAGGAUCCCCUGGAGAUCCAGGUCUGCCAGGAGGUCCAGGUUCUCCAGGUCAGCCCGGACAGCCUGGUUUCCCAGGGUUGCCAGGGACAAAAGGUGACUCAGGACUCCCUGGCAUUGGCUUACCAGGCCCUCCUGGAGCCAAAGGUUUCCCUGGGGCACCUGGCCCGAGUGGGAUUCCUGGUGGUCCAGGUCGUCCUGGUGUGGAUGGGCUGCCCGGUCAGUCAGGCGGCCCAGGGCCCAAGGGGGAGCCUGGCUAUGGUUUACCAGGACCCCAGGGGCCUCCAGGAUUUCCAGGUACUAAAGGACUUCCUGGGAUAAAGGGCAAUUCUGGAUUCCCUGGGACCCCUGGCCAGCCUGGGAGAUCAGGUUUUGACGGAGGACCAGGCCAAAAAGGUGAUUCUGGUCUUCCUGGCUCCCCUGGAGCUCGUGGCCCUCCAGGUACUCCUGCAUAUGGCCAUCCAGGGCCCCCAGGCCUUCCUGGUGCGCAAGGGCCUAUGGGUCCUACUGGAUUCCCUGGUGUGAAUGGGGAGAAGGGUGACCCUGGACACCCAGGACUGGACAUCCCGGGGCCCCCCGGAGACAGAGGAAACCCCGGCUUCCCUGGAUCACCUGGAGCCAUGGGCCCUGCUGGCUCCCCUGGCACAUCAGGCAGAGAUGGGUCACCUGGACAGCCCGGUUCAAAGGGGGAUAUGGGAAUCAUGGGAACCCCUGGACCUGUUGGACACCCUGGUGGCCCUGGUACACCUGGAUUCCCUGGACCGAAAGGUGAUGACGGCUUCCCUGGACGGCCAGGGGGUCCAGGUGGUCCCGGGUUGAAAGGAGACAGGGGUGACCCCGGUAUCCCUGGCCCACCAGGCCCGAGCAUUCCCCCUGCAGAGCUGAAGGGAACGAAGGGAGACCCAGGUCCCCCAGGCUUGGAAGGUCUGCCAGGACAGAAGGGCAUUGCUGGACUCUCUGGAGAACCUGGUUCCCCUGGGCAUGAUGGGCGACCUGGUCAGCCAGGACCUCCAGGUCCAAAAGGAGACCCUGGGCUAUCCGGUCAGCCAGGUGCCCCUGGAAUAUCAGGGCCGAAGGGCAACAUGGGAGAGAUGGGAUUCCCAGGACCCUCUGGAGUGAAAGGAAAUCCAGGGCAGCCCGGCCGAUCUGGAGGACCUGGCUCGCCAGGUACCCCUGGGAUUCCAGGUGGAAAGGGUGACCCUGGUAUAGGAGGAAUUGGAGUGCCAGGAAGCCCUGGUCAUAAGGGUGACCCAGGUCUUCCUGGAACCCCUGGAAACCCUGGACCCAAAGGCCAGCCAGGUACACCAGGCCUGCCCGGUACACCAGGCCACCAAGGACUGAAGGGUGAAUCAGGACUCCCAGGAUUCCAAGGCCCACCGGGUAUUCCUGGUCCCAAGGGUCUGGAUGGAAGCCCAGGAGCUCCAGGGCUCAUUGGCCCCUCUGGCCGACCUGGAGACCCGGGCCGUGUUGGGUCCCCUGGACAGCCAGGAGACAAAGGCCAGGCAGGCCGAGACGGCAUCCCCGGCCCCGCUGGGGUGAAGGGAGACCCAGGACUGCCUGGCUUCGGCCCCCCUGGGAACCCAGGUCUUCCAGGAUUACCAGGUCCAAAGGGAGACUUGGGUCUUCCUGGUCUCCCUGGUAGCCCUGGCUUCCCUGGAUCUAAGGGAGAUCAGGGAUUCCCUGGCUUGACUGGAUCCCCUGGUAGUAUUGGGCCCCCAGGUCCCCCUGGACUACCCCAACACGGGCCCAAAGGUAACCUAGGGCCCCCAGGCCCUCCAGGAAGAGGCGGUCCUCCGGGCCCAGAGGGACCCCGUGGCCCCCCUGGCACUGGAGGGACGAAGGGGGAUAAGGGGCUGCCUGGCAUUCCUGGUCAGCCUGGUCUGGCUGGACAAAAGGGCGACCGUGGAUCCCCUGGUUUUUCAGGCCCCCCUGGCAUUCCUGGGGCUCAUGGAUUGAAAGGAGACAUCGGACUGCCUGGAGUGCCAGGCUUCCCAGGACCGAAGGGGCAGGCUGGCACGCCUGGCUCAAGUGGCCUUCCUGGAGAUCAAGGAGACUCAGGUCCCCCAGGAGCCCCUGGUGACCCCGGUGUGGCCCCGUCCCCUAUUGUACUGAAAGGGGAUCAAGGGCCACCAGGGUCCCCAGGCCGGCCAGGCGGGCGUGGCCCCGCUGGUCCCCCAGGAUUGGAAGGGCUCCCAGGUCAGCCAGGAAGUCCAGGAGAUUCAGGCCAAGAGGGUCCACCAGGAUUCAGUGGCCCCAGCGGACGAAAAGGAGACACAGGGCCUUCUGGACAACCAGGUCAGCGUGGGUAUCCAGGACCCCCGGGAUCCGACGGGCCCCAGGGGCUUCCUGGCACACCUGGGACGUCCUCAGUGGCCCAUGGCUUCCUCAUCACGCGCCACAGUCAGUCCACGGAGGUGCCUUUCUGUCCCGUCGGCACAGGCCUGAUCUACGACGGCUACUCCCUGCUGUACGUGCAGGGCAAUGAGAGGGCUCACGGCCAGGACUUGGGCACGGCGGGCAGCUGUCUGCGCAGAUUCAGCACCAUGCCCUUCAUGUUCUGCAACAUCAACAAUGUCUGCAACUUCGCCUCGCGUAAUGACUACUCCUACUGGCUGUCCACACCCCAGGCCAUGCCCAUGAGCAUGGCGCCCAUCACCGGAGAGAACAUCAAGCCUUUCAUCAGCAGAUGUGCUGUCUGUGAAGCCCCUGCCAUGGUGAUUGCAGUCCACAGCCAGACCAUCCAGCUUCCCUCCUGCCCACAGAACUGGGACCCGCUGUGGAUUGGCUAUUCCUUCAUGAUGCACACUAGCGCUGGGGCAGAGGGCUCAGGGCAGGCCUUGGCCUCCCCUGGAUCCUGCCUGGAGGAGUUCCGCUCUGCCCCCUUCAUCGAGUGCCACGGCCGGGGCACCUGCAACUACUACGGCAACUCCUACAGCUUCUGGCUGGCCACAGUGGACUUCUCUGAAAUGUUCAGGAAGCCCCAGGCGGAGACGCUCAAGGCAGGGAACUUGCGAACGCGCGUGAGUCGCUGCGUGGUGUGUAUGAAGAAGACGUAACGGAGCGGAAAUCCUGUCGCCAGGGACGAAAACCGCAAAGAUCGAUGGUGAUGAAAGUGUCAACAGCAGGUGGAAUUCCAAUGGUGCAUUUUUUCCCGUAAAAACAGACAAAAAAAAACAAAAAAACUCAAUGGUGCUACUGUGCAACACAGCAAAACUGAAAAAGAAAAACCAACCGAUUCAUUCUUUUUAAAGAAGUACCUCAAAGAGAAUCGAUAAACCACAAAAGGUGGCAUGGCAGAUGUGUGACAAAAGUGCAUUUUAUUUUUCUCUUUCUGAGAGAAGUUUUUUUUCCUCUAGAAUAUUCCUUUCUUUUCACGUUUUGAUGUUGGUUCACAUUUUGAGAAAGAAGUGCGCUUUUUUUAAGGAAUGGAAUUGUCUCCAUGUUACCAAAUCGGCACUUUGACUUCUGAACAUCACAGAGAGGAGAUGCACUGAAGAGCUUCUUAGUGAGACUGCAUUUUUUUAUCCUUUCAAUUAGACUUUCCGUCACUUGAUUUCUCAUGGUGGUACUAACACUGCUGUAUCCAAGACUCUUAACUAUAGGCCUUUUUUCUGUUUUGUAAGUAAUAAAAUGUGUAUAUUGUGUAAAACACCUUUUUAGUGUAAAACAUAAAACGGUACUCUACUAUGAAUUGCUGGGUUCUGUUGGUUCACUCACUCACUCACACACACACUCACAACCCUACUUACAUACCCACUCACUCGUAUUGUACAAAGUAAGCUUUCUAUGAAUGAAACAGUAUUUUAUAUAUAUAUAAAGUAUAUAUAUAUAUAUAUAUAUUAAAAAGGAUACAUUUUUAUAAACUUUAUUUGGCUGUGGGAGGUUUUUCAUAAUUUUUACUCACCGUAAUAUAACAUUUUACAAACUACUGAAUUUUAUGUUGAAUUAAGCAGGUUCCCUUGUCAAAGACUUGUGAUGUUGUACAAAAUAAUUAGAUUUGAUCUGGAAUUUAGAAUAUUUUAUUACAUUUUGCCAAUGUGAUUUUUCAAGGCUAUUGGUCUCUCUUAAAUGGAAACAUAGGCAGCCAUAAAAUAAACCCAUGAAUGUUAUAUUUACGUUUUGCCUCCACUGGUCUUGCUAACCAUAUAUCUGUUCACAGUAUGUAUACACAGUAUGUAUGCUGAGCAGGACCACAAAAAGCAAAUAAAUUCCUAUGAAAAUGCAUGGCCUUUUGUCAAAUCCAGCUGCCAAAGGGUCAUCUAUGUGUAUUAAUUUUAAAAUCUGUUGUUUUUUUCAUGUUUAUUAUCCAGAAGUUGUCAUCAACUUUAAAGACUGAAAUAAAGAAAUAUAAAGUUA